AGAUCCCUCAAAUGGGGACCCAAAAUGAAAUGGAACCAAGUGCUAGGCAGCAGUCCUUUCAAAACUGCUCGUAUUGUGGUUAAUGUUACGGUGUUGUAUUAUGUUUGCAGUGUCAGAGUGACUCAAAACAUCAAAGAGGGCAAGAGCAGCAAACGGUAAGAAGUGUGAAUCAACAGUAGAUUUGUUACUUUCCCCCCCUUUUUUCUCUUUUGGUACUGUUUGUGUGUAGGUAAAGAACGGUGUGGGUGCAGGCCGAUACAUUCAGAGUACUAAAUUUCAGUUUUGAUACUGAGUCUUAUGACUGCUCCAUUUUCUUCCAUGUAGAAUCUAAGCACAGCUGCUUUCGGGGGUGAGGUACACAUGCUUGUAAAGUUCCAUGGGCUAUUAUGGUCACUUUUGAUCAGCUAUUUAUAAUAUGGUGACGCAGUCAGGAAUGUGUAACAAUAAUGCUGAUGACAGCUCUGGCAUGUGCUUUAGAUGAUACAUUUUUCCAGUGGUUUGAUUCUAGAGGGAAAAGAAAAAUGCAGAAUUUAUAUUCUUUAUUGGACCAAAAAGACUGAACAAUAUCAAAUGCCAAACAAGAAGAUGGAAAAAGAUGUGAGAUAAGGAUUGCUUACGGUGACCAGAUGCGAAGGAAGUCAGGGGUCCUGCACUUCUCAGACAAGUAAAUUCCUUCUUCAACGAUCUUAGGCAGUUAUGUCUAAAAGGGUGGCUUUGCCUGCUAUCCAACUUACUCCACAAUCGUCGGAUAGUACAACUGGCCAAAGUGAGGAAAGUAGUUUAAAUGGUGAGGGCUCGCCUUCAGGUGGGAAAAAUACUCUUUCAAGAAAUGAAUUAAGGAAGAGACUGAUUAGCAUGGCUCCAAAACAGAUGCCAGCAAAUCCAACAGCUCUGAAAUUUGAGCAUAACACAAAAUCACAGGAAAGAACAAGAAAACAACAGCAGCCCAUAAAAUUGGAGCCUUUGCCUGCGUUGAAAAUAUACCAGCACCACAAGCAGCCUGAAUAUAUAUACCAUAAGAACAGGGAGAAAUUAAUAGCUUCAGGAGUAUUGCAACCUAAAACUUCAGCAGAAAAAAGAAAAUGGACUGUUUCUGUGGAACCAAUAUUAACUGAGAUCCAUGAAGAAUUACGAGAAAGACAGUUUCUGAGUGCUAAGAUAAGACUUCCCACUCCUCCUAAACAGCCACGUAGUGCAAUAAAGCCAAGUGCUUGCCUGCCAAGCUCCACUCCACCUCUUCAUACUUUUCGUGAACCAGAAGAAGUAAUUAAAGCUAAUAUUACUGAACCUCUACAAAUCAUAAGAAUAAUAUGUGAAAACAAAAAUCUUGGCUUCCUAUAUAUGACGCCUGCAGUGCCCAGGUCAUCAACUGAAUAUGAUACAUUUAACUUGAAAAUUGUAAGCUAUGACUGCAUUAACAAAAAUGACUACUACACUAUUAGCCAGACAGCAGUUAUUCAUACAUAUAAUGGAGAAGUUGAAUAUCUGGAGCUUGAACGCUGGGAGCAAGAAUAUCUCUAUCACAGAGCUCUUUCCAGAAUUACUAUAUUUGCUAUAUUUCGCAAAUGGAAGUCAUUUAAUGUAUGGAGGAAGAAUGUCCGCUCCAAGAAGAUUAGUGCAUGCCGUCAAGCUUUGCAGAAGAACUUAUUCAUUGUUAAUGCAUGUUUGAGGCCUGCAAUACUUAACAUCCAAGAAAUGUGUUAUCGACUCAGUGACAUAGUACUUUGUCAAGUUGAAAAAGGUUACAUAUACACACUGAUGGAAUUUAAAGGUACUCAGUUUGACCACCUAAAAGAUAUAGCAUCUCAUCUGGCAGAGUUCAGAGAAUUAGCCAAAGAAGUGGUUCGAGGUGCAUGCCGAACUGCACUGCUUGAGUCGGGUUUCACUCCUGAUGAUUACUUCAAUGCAACAGAGAGUGCAGAACAGGAAACAGUGGCAUCGACAAAACAAACUGCUGCAAGUGCCAUUCUUCCUCGCAUUGACAAGGAUUUGUAUGGGGAUCAAACUGAAAAAAUGACAUACACAGAACAGGCCAACAAAAGGGCUCAGUGUGCCAGGCUGACAUGCUUUAUUCGUCUUGCUGACUACCUUAUAGUGAACACUAUGCAUGUCUUGGCAGUAAAAUCUGUCACUACUCUUUUGAAUUACCUCACUGAUAAGCUGAAAAAGACACCUUCUUCCGAGACCAUCCAAAAGUGGAAUGUAGAUGAAGUAACUGAAGUUGUGGAAAAGAAGCCUACUAUAGGGGCAGAGGAAGAGGAAUCUUUCCUUCCCAUGUUUCUUGCAGAGCUAAUUUUAGAGAUCCAUGCACUGUUAUUUGAACCAUCUUUGGAUGAAUUCCAGGAUGGUAUGUCAGAGAUUGUGACUCACUUUCAGGCAACUGUAUUAUCUGUUGCAAACCUUGUUCCUGAUCAAUACUUUGAUGCGUUCACUCGACCUAUUAUUAACAACAAAAUUGAAGAAAAAACAUGUGGUGAAGGACCAAGCUUAUCAAUAAUGUUUAAAGAUGAUAAACACCUGCAAAAUAUUAUCUUUCAAAUAAAGGAAACAAUAAAUUUGGCAUUUGAAGCAGCCAACCUGUAUGCAGCUACUUUUGAGAAGUUUCGAUCAUUUUUCAAAGAAAAUGAAAGCCUUGACUUGGAAGCUUUGAAGAAAGAAGAACCUGAUGUUAAAUUCUUUGCUGAUCAACUGGAGAAGUAUCACAAACAACACAAAGAAGCUGUGGCAAUAAGACAGAAAAGAAACCUGGGCUUGUUACUCAUAGAUGCUAAAAAGCUGAAAGACAAACUAAUUCCAUCACCAAAGCGUUGUUUGGAGGUUAUUAAUGGAAUGCUUCCUGUAAUUGCAAAGAAAAAAGUAUCCGCCAUUCUAGCUGAGGCAAAUGAUGCUAAAUUUAAACUUGAGUUUCUUCCAACUACAACUACAGAAUAUGUGUUGAGCUUGACAUUCCUUGAUGAAAUACAAGAACGGAUUGAAACUCUUGAAGAAGAAUCAACAGUGGUGACAAAGAUGUAUCAGCUUAUUGAACUAUAUGUAGUACCAGCUCCACCUGAAGAUUUUGCUUUGUUUUCAAGUCUGAAACCAUCCAUUGUUGCAGUUCGCAAUGCAAUUGAUAAAUCUGUUGGAGAAAGAGAUGCCAGCAUUGUUAGAUUCUGUCAACUUUUAGAAAUAGAUCUUCAUGAACUAAAUGAAGAAGUUAAAAUUGUUAAACAGCAAGCUCAGGAUCCACAAAUUUUGGAUAUAAAUGCUGACCAAGAUAGAGUAAGACAAGUUCUAGAAGAAAUGCAAUGCAUUCUUGAUGACCUGCAGAAACGUGCAUUCCAGUAUAAAUCCUAUCAAAAGAAUUUUAAGGUGGAAGUGACAAAAUUUGAUGCUCUAGAAGAAGUUUGUGCAGAGUUGAAAUUGAAGCAACUGUUAUGGGAUUCUCUUUGUGAAUGGUCAAUACUUGAAGAAGAUUGGAUGGAGUGUAAGUUUGAUACCUUGGAUCCAGAAUUAUUGAAUACUCAGGUUUCCAAGUAUGCCAAAUUCGUGAAUCAGUUGGAAAAAGGGUUGCCUCCUAAUAAUGUUGUGCCACAACUCAAGGAGAAGGUGGAGAGAAUGAAAGAAAAGCUUCCUGUUAUCACAGACCUAAGAAACCCUUUCUUGAAACCCAGACACUGGGCAAUUCUGGAACAAAUAGUUGGUGCACAGUUAACAGAUCUGGAAACUCCAUUAACUUUGGACAGGCUUGUUGAGAUUGGUGCUUUUGAGUACACUCAGGAGAUUCAAGAUGUUUCUGGACAAGCUUCAGGAGAAGCAUCCCUGGAGACAAUUCUCAAAAAGGUGGAGGAUGCAUGGAAAACAACAGAGUUCAUUGUUCUUCCUCAUCGCGAUUCAAAAGAUGUAUUCAUCCUUGGUGGAACAGAUGACAUUCAGGAAGAAUGGCUGACGUGCCAGAGAAAUUGGCUUUAUCUGGAAAGUAUUUUCAGUGCUCCUGAUAUUCAAAGACAGCUACCAGCAGAAGCCAAGAUGUUCUUGCAGGUGGAUAAGUCCUGGAAAGAAGUUAUGAGAAAAGUUAAUCGUCUGCCUAAUGCCCUCCGAGCUGCUACUCAGCCUGGCCUUUUAGAGACGUUCCAGAAUAACAAUGCCCUUCUUGAUCAAAUUCAGAAAUGCCUGGAGGCUUAUUUGGAGUCCAAAAGAGUUAUUUUCCCCAGAUUUUACUUUUUAUCAAAUGAUGAGCUUUUGGAGAUCUUGGCUCAGACUCGUAAUCCACAAGCUGUUCAGCCUCAUUUAAGGAAGUGCUUUGACUCAAUCUCUAAACUAGAAUUUGCCUAUAUGGCUCCAGCCGAAGGAGAAGAAAAGGUUCUUACCAAUGAUAUUUUAGCAAUGCUAUCACCUGAAGGUGAGAGGGUCAAUUUAGGAAAAGGACUUAAGGCCAGAGGAAAUGUUGAAGACUGGCUUGGUAAAGUUGAAGAAGCAAUGUUCACUUCCCUUAGACGCCUGAGUAAAGCUGCCAUUGCUGAUUAUCAGACCAAAGAGAGAGUGGAAUGGGUUGUUGCAGGACAUCCCUCUCAGGUUGUGUUGACCAUUUCACAGCUCAUGUGGUGCCGUGAUCUGACUCAGUGUUUGGAAGGAGAUGAUCAUGAUCAUUUAGAAACUUUGGAAGCAUUUGAAAAUGAGAACUUUGAUAGAUUAAAUGCAUUGGCUUCACUAGUCCGUGGCAUUCUUCCCAAACUACAUAGAAACAUCAUAACCGCACUCAUAACUAUUGAUGUACAUGCAAGAGACAUUGUUACCGAACUUGUAUACCAAAAGGUGGAUUCUGUUGACAAUUUUGAUUGGCAAAGACAACUGCGGUACUACUGGGACCUUGAUCUAGAUAACUGUGUGGCUAGAAUGGCUUUAUCCCAGUAUACCUAUGGCUAUGAAUACUUGGGUGCAUGCCCAAGGUUAGUGAUAACUCCACUCACGGAUCGCUGCUACCUCUGCCUUAUGGGAGCAUUGCAACUUGAUCUAGGUGGUGCUCCAGCUGGACCUGCUGGUACAGGCAAAACAGAGACUACAAAAGACCUUGCAAAAGCACUUGCCAUCCAGUGUGUUGUGUUCAACUGUUCAGAUGGCUUGGAUUACAAGAUGAUGGGGCGUUUCUUCAGUGGCUUAGCACAGUCUGGUGCAUGGUGCUGUUUUGAUGAAUUUAACCGGAUUGAUAUUGAAGUUCUGUCAGUUAUUGCCCAGCAGUUGAUUACUAUUAGGAAUGCUAAAGCAGCAAAGCUCAGUCGGUUUAUGUUUGAGGGACGUGAAAUAAAAUUGAUUAUGACUUGUGCAGCCUUCAUUACGAUGAAUCCUGGCUACGCUGGACGAACAGAAUUACCUGACAAUUUAAAAGCACUCUUCAGGCCCUUUUCAAUGAUGGUUCCCAACUAUGCUUUGAUUGCUGAGGUCAUUUUAUAUUCUGAAGGAUUUGAAUCCAGUAAAACACUUGCAAGGAAGAUGACACAAAUGUAUAAACUCUGUAGUGAGCAGCUUUCUCAACAGGAUCACUAUGAUUUUGGAAUGAGAGCUGUCAAAUCUGUCUUAGUCAUGGCUGGGUCACUAAAGAGAGAGAAUCCAAAUCUGAAUGAGGAUGUUGUGUUAAUAAGAGCAUUACGAGAUUCCAACCUCCCAAAAUUUCUUGCAGAUGAUGCUCUUUUGUUCAGUGGAAUUAUAUCUGACCUUUUUCCUGGAGUUGUAAUCCCAGAGCAUGAUUACGGAGUGCUGCAGUCAACAAUAAUAGAAGUCAUGCUUUCCAAAGGACUACAGCCUGAAAGUACCAUGGUUCGCAAAGUCAUACAGCUUUAUGAAACUAUGCUGGUGAGGCAUGGUGUCAUGCUUGUUGGACCAACAGGAGGUGGAAAAACUACUGUUUACCAAGUUCUGGCAGAUACUCUAGGAAGUUUGCAUGAAGCGGGUGAGGCAAAUCCUUUCUACCAGCCUGUUAAAACAUUUAUUAUGAAUCCAAAAUCAAUUACAAUGGGUGAACUAUAUGGUGAAGUUAACAAUUUAACCCUGGAAUGGAAGGAUGGCCUAAUGGCUCUUAGUGUUAGAGCAGCUGUGGUUGACACCUCAGAAGAUCAUAAAUGGAUCGUCAAUGAUGGGCCUGUGGACGCUUUAUGGAUUGAAAAUCUCAACACUGUUUUGGAUGAUAACAAGAUGCUCUGUUUGGCUAACAGUGAAAGAAUCAAACUCACACCUUCCAUCCAUAUGUUGUUUGAGGUGGAAGACUUAAGGGUUGCUUCACCAGCCACAGUUAGCCGAUGUGGAAUGGUAUACAUUGACCCUGAAGAACUGAAGUGGCUUCCCUAUGUAAAAACUUGGAUGGCAGGUCUUACUGACAGACUCAAUGAAGAAACAAGAACUUAUUUGUUUGAACUCUUUUGUCGCUACGUUGAAGAUGGUCUAAAAUACAUUCACAAAAAGUGCUCACAAGCUAUAGCACAAGUGGACAUCAGCAAAGUUACUGCCCUUUGUUGUUUACUAGAGUCAUUGCUUCUUGGAAAGGGAGGACCGAGCAUGAAAUUGGAACAGUCAAGAUUGAAUUCUCUUGUGUGCCAGACUUUUGUUUUCUGUUAUCUGUGGUCACUGGGUGGAAAUUUAACUGAGAACUAUUGGGAUGGUUUUGAUACAUUUAUAAGACAACAAUUUGAAGACAAUCCAGAUGCCAAGCUUCCAACCUCUGGUGAUCUGUGGAGUGUUUACAUUGAUUUUGAUACAAAGCGCCUGGACCCUUGGGAGAGAAUUAUACCUGCAUUUAAAUACAGUCAUACAGUUCCAUUUUUUGAAAUGCUGGUUCCUACUACUGAUACUGUGCGCUACGGCUUUCUAAUGGAAAAAUUACUUGCUGUUAAACAUUCUGUGCUGUUUACAGGAAUCACUGGAGUUGGUAAGUCUGUCGUUGCAAGGGCAUUGCUAAACCGAAUACAAGAUGAAGCUGGCUAUGUUCCUGUUUACCUAAAUUUCUCUGCUCAGACUUCAUCAAUAAGGACACAGGAGAUUAUUGAAUCCAAAUUAGAAAAGAAAAGAAAAAAUAUUUUAGGGGCACCGGGGAAAAAAAGAGUUGUCAUUUUUGUGGAUGAUCUAAACAUGCCUAAACUGGAUCGUUAUGGCUCUCAGCCCCCAAUUGAGCUACUCAGGCAAUACCAGGACUUUGGAGGGUUCUAUGACAGAGAAAAACUGUUUUGGAAGGAAAUACAUGAUGUAACUAUUUCUUCAGCCUGUGCACCUCCAGGUGGGGGACGUAAUCCAGUUACACCACGUUUCAUAAGACACUUUGCUAUGCUAUGUCUUCCAACACCUUCUGAGCAUAGCCUUAAACAAAUUUUUCAGGCUAUUCUAAAAGGCUUUUUGGCUGACUUCUCUGUAGCAGUAAAGCAGAGUGCAAAAAGUAUUGUGGAUGCUGCUGUUGAAAUAUAUCAAAGAAUGAGCAUUGAUCUCCUUCCAACACCAGCAAAAUCCCAUUAUGUGUUUAAUUUACGUGAUUUGUCAAAGUGUGUACAAGGUAUAUUACAGUGUGAUCCUGGGUCUGUUCGAGACCAAGCCCAGGUAUUCAGGCUGUUCUGUCAUGAGUGCCAGAGAGUUUUUCAUGACCGCCUCAUCUGUAGUGAAGAUAAACAAUAUUUUUACUCUAUGUUAGCUGACAUGGCCAGCAAACAUUUUGGAGUCUCAGUUGAUCCAGAUUCAUUUGUAUCUAAGCCAAUUUUAUUUGGGGAUUACAUAAAGGUUGGCAUUGAUAAAGCUGAUCGACUUUAUGAAGAACUAAUUGACAUAGAAAAGAUUAUGGGGGUUCUACAGGACUAUCUGGAUGAUUAUAAUAUAACAAGCUCUAAGGAAGUAAAGCUGGUAUUCUUCCAAGAUGCUGUAGAGCAUGUUUCAAGAAUUGCUCGAAUGAUUCGUCAGGAAAGAGGAAAUGCCCUGCUUGUUGGAGUUGGAGGCACAGGCAAGCAGUCUCUAACUAGACUAGCCUCUCAUAUAUGUGGCUACAAAUGCUUUCAAAUAGAACUAAGCCGUGGUUAUAACUAUGACUCUUUUCAUGAAGAUCUUAGGAAGCUAUAUAAAAUGGCAGGGGUGGAAGACAAAGAUAUGGUUUUUCUUUUCACAGACACACAGAUUGUUGUAGAGGAAUUUCUGGAAGAUAUAAAUAAUAUUCUGAAUUCUGGAGAGGUACCUAAUUUAUUUGAAAAGGAUGAAUUGGAGUUUGUUAUGGCAGCUACCCGACCCAAAGCAAAGGAAGCAGGUAUAGCAGAGGGCAACAGGGAUGAGGUAUUUCAAUACUUUAUUAAUCGAGUCCGCCAGAAACUACAUAUUGUUUUGUGCAUGAGCCCUGUAGGAGAUGCUUUUCGAGCACGGUGCCGAAUGUUUCCCUCUCUUGUGAAUUGUUGCACUAUUGACUGGUUUGUGCAGUGGCCCAAAGAAGCACUACUUUCUGUUUCAAGGACUUUUUUUAUGCAUGUUGAUCUUGGAAGUGAUCGCAUGAAAGAGAAACUUUCCAUGAUGUGUGUAGACAUUCACAUGAGUGUGACAGAGAUGGCAGAGAUGUACUAUGCUGAGCUCCGGCGGCGCUACUAUACAACACCUACCUCCUAUUUAGAGUUAAUCAAUCUUUACUUAUCCAUGCUAAAUGAAAAAAGGAAGCAACUAGUUUCAGCUCGGGAUCGUGUAAAGAAUGGUUUAAGCAAACUAUUAGAGACAAAUGUACUGGUUGAUAAAAUGAAAUUAGAUCUUUCAGCCUUAGAACCAGUCCUCAAGGAGAAAUCAAUUGAUGUUGAAGCUUUGAUGGAAAAAUUAGCAGUGGAUCAAGAAAAUGCAGAUCAGGUUCGGCGUGUUGUCCAGGAAGAUGAAGCUAUUGCAAAAGUAAAAGCAGAGGAUACUCAGGCAAUAGCUGAUGAUGCCCAGCGUGAUUUGGAUGAGGCCCUUCCAGCUUUAGAUGCUGCCAAUAAAGCACUUGAUUCUUUAGAUAAAGCAGAUAUUUCUGAAAUACGAGUAUUCACUAAACCACCUGAUCUUGUCAUGACAGUGAUGGAAGCUAUAUGUAUUCUUUUAAAUGCAAAGCCUGACUGGGCAACAGCAAAGCAGCUUCUUGGAGACUCCACAUUUCUGAAAAAGCUUUUAGAAUAUGAUAAAGAAAAUAUAAAGAGCCAAAUAUUGCUCAAGCUUCAGAAAUAUAUGAACAACCCUGAUUUUGUGCCAGAAAAAGUAGAGAAGGUGUCAAAAGCAUGCAAGUCAAUGUGUAUGUGGGUGAGAGCUAUGGAUUUAUACUCUCGAGUUGUCAAGGUUGUGGAGCCAAAAAGACAGAAGUUAAAUGCUGCACAGGCAGAGCUCGAUGCAACUUUGGCUACCCUUCGAGAUAAGCAGAAAAAAUUGAGGCAGGUAGAAGAACAAAUACAGGAGUUACAAGACCAGUAUGAAAAAAGUCUGGAGGAAAAAGAGAACCUUGCAAGGACCAUGGCACUGACUCAGGCUCGUCUUAAUCGAGCUGGAAAACUUACAGCAGCAUUAGGAGAUGAACAGGUCCGGUGGGAAGAGAGUAUUUUAAAUUUUGAGGCAGAGAUUUCAAAUAUCACUGGAAAUGUAUUCAUAGCUGCAGCAUGUGUAGCCUAUUAUGGAGCUUUUACAGCACAUUAUAGACAACUGUUAAUAGAUUGCUGGAUCAAACAAUGUCAGGAGCUAGAUAUUCCAAUUAGUUCUGAAUUCAGUCUUAUAAAUAUUUUGGGAGAUCCAUAUGAAAUUAGACAGUGGAACACUGAUGGAUUACCACGUGACUAUAUUUCCACUGAGAAUGGCAUUCUAGUUACACGGGGACGACGUUGGCCACUCAUGAUUGAUCCCCAAGAUCAGUCAAACCGCUGGAUAAGAAACAAAGAAACAAGAAAUGGUUUGAAGAUAAUUAAACUGACAGACUCUGGUUUCCUGCGUACUCUGGAGAAUGCUAUUCGUCUAGGCUUGCCUGUUCUUUUGGAAGAGCUUAAAGAAACACUUGACCCAGCUCUGGAACCCAUUCUUUUGAAACAAACAUUUGUUUCUGGUGGAAGACUACUCAUUCGCCUUGGAGAUUCUGACAUAGAUUAUGACAAAAACUUCAGGUUCUACAUGACAACAAAAAUGCCAAAUCCACACUACUUACCUGAGGUGUGUAUCAAAGUAACAAUAAUCAAUUUCACUGUCACCAGAUCUGGCUUGGAAGACCAAUUGCUAAGUGAUGUUGUACGACUAGAGAGGCCUGAACUAGAGGAACAAAGAACCCAGCUCAUUGUGAGAAUCAAUGCUGAUAAGAAUCAACUGAAAGCCAUUGAAGAUAAAAUUCUAAAAAUGCUUUUUACAUCAGAAGGGAAUAUUCUGGACAAGGAAGAACUUAUCAACACACUUCAAGAAUCAAAGGUUACAUCUGGUGCCAUUAAAGUAAGGCUUGUAGAAGCAGAAACUACAGAAGAAAAGAUAAAUGCAGCCCGUGAAAAAUAUCGUCCUGUUGCCACUCGAGGAUCUGUUAUGUAUUUUGUGAUUGCUAGUUUGUCAGAGAUAGAUCCAAUGUAUCAGUUUUCCUUAAAGUAUUUCAAACAGCUGUUUAACACAACUAUUGAAGCUUCUGAAAAAAAUGAUGUUUUGGAAUUGCGGUUGGCCAUACUUCUUAGUCAGACACUCUAUGCCACUUAUACCAAUGUUUCCCGGGGCCUUUUUGAACAGCACAAACUCAUUUUCAGCUUUAUGCUGUGUAUUGAGAUCAUGCGGCAGAAAGAAGAACUUACAGAUGUUGAAUGGAAUUUCUUCCUUCGUGGAACUGCUGGCUUAGAUAAGGAGCGGCCUGAGAAACCUAACGUUCCAUGGCUUGAAGAAAAUACCUGGUUUAUGUGCUGUGACUUAGAAGAAACACUUCCAUGUUUUGAAGGGAUUCAAACAGACAUAUUGUGCAAACACAUUUUCAUUAAAUUAGGGCAACUUGAAAUUCGUGUCAAUCCAGAACAGUGGGAAGACUAUCAGCCUGAAACUGAAGGAACUAAAAACAAAGAUGACAGAUCAAACAUUCCCUGGGAUACUAGGCUAACCAUGUUUCAGAAACUGAUUGUUGUGAAAAGUUUUAUGGAAGAAAAGAUUGUUUCUGCACUUACUGAAUUUGUAAUAGAGAACCUUGGGAAACAAUUCAUAGAGAAUCCUCCAAUUGAUCUGGCAACUCUUUACCAAGAUAUGUCUCCUUCCACGCCGCUAGUGUUCAUCUUGAGUACUGGCUCUGAUCCCAUGGGAGCAUUCCAGAGGUUUGCAAAAGAGCGAGGAUAUUCAGAACGAGUACAAUCCAUUUCAUUAGGACAAGGUCAAGGACCUAUUGCAGAAAAAAUGAUUAAAGAUGCAAUGAAAACAGGAAAUUGGGUGUUUCUUCAGAAUUGUCAUCUAGCUGUUUCUUGGAUGUUACCUAUGGAAGAGCUUAUAAAAACAUUUACGGAGCCAAAUGUCUCUAUCCAUGAAAGCUUUCGACUCUAUUUGAGCUCCAUGCCAUGUAAUACUUUCCCUGUUACUGUCCUUCAAAAUUCUGUCAAGGUAACCAAUGAACCACCUAAAGGUCUACGGGCAAACAUUAGACGAGCAUUCACAGAAAUGACAUCUUCAUUUUUUGAAGAAAAUAUCUUAGGAAAAAUCUGGAGAAAAAUCAUUUUUGGCAUUUGCUUCUUCCAUGCAAUUAUCCAGGAGAGGAAAAAAUUUGGACCUCUUGGUUGGAAUAUAUGUUACGAAUUUAAUGAUAGUGACAGAGAAUGUGCUUUAUUAAACCUCAAUCUUUAUUGUCAAGAAGGAAAGGUACCUUGGGAUGCCCUUACAUAUAUAACAGGGGAAAUUACAUAUGGAGGGAGAGUUACAGAUGCCUGGGAUCAAAGAUGUCUUCGCACAAUUCUAAGGAGGUUUUUUUCUCCUGAAACAUUAAAAGAUGAGUAUAAAUAUUCAGAGUCAGGUAAGGAUGUGUAAAUAUUUUCACCUUGCUGAGGUCUCACACUUAAAAUAAUUUGUUAUAAUCUGAUCUAUUAAAAUGAUUGUAGCCACUCAGUGAUUGAAGUAUGACUUUAAAUAGCAUGAGAUGAAAAUACUGAUACAGUACUGAGGCCACCAGGACACAAGGAAUCUUUAAAUGUAGGAGAGCUAGUGUGGUAUAGUGGUUAGACUGCUGGGCUGGGGAUCAGGAGAUCCAGGUUCUAUGAGGGG